CACCGAGACCACACACACUAAAACAAACGCCUUCCCGUCAACCAUCACUAACUCAGUCUCACAUACAUGUGUUUGUGCUUUUCGUUCAGCCUGAGUUUUGUAAGAAUUUCGAGUCCAGUCGUCUUUUCUCUCUCCGUCGUUUCUCGCGUCAAAGAGGAGUGAGACGGAUACACUGAAGGCUUCUCGGUUCGUAGUGGUUUCGACUUCUUGACUUUAGAACUGAUUUAGGUGCUCAGGACCAUAGUAUAGUUUCUGCUCGAACUGCUUAAAAGGCAAAUUGAUCAAGAAGCCUUUCCACGCAAGAUUUCUCACAGACAACGACCAAAAGCCAUGAUUCUAAAGAAUAACUGUGAAGCCAGGAUGUGGUGGUUGGCGACCGUAUGUAUUCUGGCCAUAAUCGGGGAAGCUGGGUCAGCCUCAUUUUAUGGAUCAAAACCAUCUGGAUUCUUGCAGGUCAUCCGACGACUAGGCGUGAACCGCUCGGGGGCGGCGCUGCAGGUGUCGCAAGGGAGGAGUCAGAGCGGAGAGUCGCCCAUCUACUUCAUCAAGCUUCCCCCGACUCCUUACUUCUACCUGCAGAAUGCAGUGUCGGCUCUCGGGGACCCCGACCACAAGGUUCCUGUAGACUUCACCAACAAUGGUCGCCCAAACCAAGUGUACCACUGGAACUUGCCGGAGCUCAAUUCCCACUUAGCCCAGCCACCAUUCUCAACCGCUUUCGCACAACCGGCAGCCGUACCAGGCCUACUACAUGUGGCUGCUCCUUCUUCAGUUGCGUUGCCAUCCCCUGCAGGAGUGCCAGGCCUCAUAAAUGUAGAAAGCCCUGUCUUGCUUCCUGGAGGUCCUUCGUUGGCACCCGUUACACGCUCAGCAUCCCCGGUUCAACUACAUGCUGUGUCAGUGCCAUCAUCUCCAGAGGACAUAACCCGCGUAGCCAUUUCUCCCUCAACGGCACAGCCUUCAGGAUCCUCAGCUAAGAAAACUUGGAUAUCCGGCAAGAAACAGUACGCCUACAAUGGUCGCCCCUCUGGAAUCUACAUUUACAAGUCCAAGAGACCAAUCAGACCCAUCGCUGUCCCGAAAAACGGGCGCCGUCCCACGAGAAAGGCAAGCCAGAGAAAAUGAAGUUGCACAUGGGCCACUGACGCUUUCGGGUGGUAAUAUCGCAGACGGAGAAUCUUAUGCCAUUGUAAAUACUGGGCAGUUCCCAAGCCCUGAUGUAUGUAAAUUUCUUCUUGACUCUAUGUAGUUCGUACCAUUGUCAUGAAUUUGUUCAGACCAAUGUUUACAUAAAUCGUGGUUCUAACGAAGAACUGUGCUCAAAUAUUUCGUUCUCCCUCUAGUCUAGAACAUAAAAUCAGGCUAAAAAAUCCCAAAUCACGUUAUAGUAUCUUGAGGCUACAGUGAAACAUUUGAGCUGACUAUUCUUUCUACAGCUGCUUGUAUUCUAUUACACUGUCGGUAGGAUGUGU